CUGGUAUAUGUGAGUUUCUACAAAGAGAAAUCAUGAACUUCAGACUCUCAUCACUGAUCCUGCUGUUACACAUUCAAGGGUCCCUAACAUUGGAUAAUUUUAAUGUAACCUGUGAUGCACAGAAUAUUUGUGCUAUGAGGGGAGAAAUGAUGACAGUGCAGUGCGAUUACUCAAACAUCAACAUCACAACUGGGUUCUGGUUCAGUCAGAAACAGAGAACAAACUGGAGAAACAAAGAUGAACCUGAAGAUUUGACUUUAGAUUCAGAUUACUCAGGACGAGCAGAUCAGUGGAUCAUUGAAGAUCACUCACAUCUCACAAUAAGAGAUUUGAGAGAGAGAGACAGUGGAGAAUAUCAGCUCAUGUUCAUUAUGAAGGAUGGAGUUAAACAUCUCAGCUCAGUCACAGUCAAUCUAACAGUUUCAGUUGUACAGGUAAAGAUGACUCCUGAAUCUACAGGACAGCGAGUAAACCUGAGCUGUGUUUCCUCCUGCCCUUUGAGAUAUAAAUAUUAUAACCGCUGGUACAAGAAUGGACAACAAUUACCGGUAACAGACGCCCAAAGCAUUUUUGUGCCAUCCAGUGGAAACACUAACAGUUAUUACUGCUCUGUGUCUGGUUCAUUGCCCUCUUCAUCUGUGUGUCUUUCUAACAGUAGCUGUUGGGGUGUGACUUACACCUCUAGAAGAGUUUGUGCUUUAGUGGGAUCAACAGUAGAUAUUCACUCUUCAUACUCACAUCCCACUGGAUAUACAGUAGAGAAAACAUACUGGGAUAACAGUCGUUAUGGGGCAUUCAGAGAUCUGCGUGAGGAUCAUUGGUUUGCUGGUCGUGUGGAGUUUGUGGGAAACACACUGAGAAUAAAAAAUGCCAGCAUGAGUGACACUGGAAGAUAUCAGUUCAGGUUCAUCACUAACACAUCAAAAGAAGUUUCUUGUUCUUCUGGAGUCUAUCUUACUGUUACAGAAACACGAGUGAGAAGCAGUCCAGACCCUGUGAUAGAUGGAGAAAAAGUGAUAUUAAGCUGUUUAACCACAAGAUGCACUCUGGAUAACAAACAUACUUACAUCUGGUAUAAGAAUGGACAACAGGUAACAGAUGGAUUGAGAUUAUUAAACAAGCUGUACCUGGACUCAAUCAACAGUAAGGAGCUAUAUGAGUAUUCCUGUACUGUAAGAGAUCCAAUGGACAAAACAAAUGCUUAAAUACAUAAAACUGUAUGAUACUGAUUAAAACAAGGCUUGGCUUUCUGAAGGUUUGCUACUGUAAAUGUUUUAAUAAAGCUUUUUGGUACCUGCAUUUGUGAGAUAUUUUUCCACAUAUUAUAUUUGUAUUAAGACAUUCAUAAUCGUCAGAUAAAUGUUAUCUUUUGAAUAUAUUUCUCUGUUUUCUGUUUUGACUGCAGUAUGUGGUAACACUUUCUAUGAAGUCUGUGUUUAUAAUGCAUUAUUGCAGGUAUAUUCCCUUAUAAUAAACAUUAUUAUACUGUAUGUUGUUGUCUAAUAAAUAAUCAGUAUAACAGUUUCAAUACAUUAUUUGUGGUUGCACCAUUUAUGAGUAUGAUGAUUUAUAACACAUGACAAACUCCACAUUGUUAUCUUGUAUUAUAAGUACACGUUCUCAUGUAUUUUAAAUUUCAUAUAUUUGCAUUGUAUAAUAUCUUACUACAUCUUUGCAUUUCUCACUUGACCUAAAGCAGUAAAUAAACCAUAUGUCUUCUUAUAAA